CUAUCUAUUUGAAAUCUGUCGAAAUUCUCAGUGUCAUAUUCACGCGUUUAUUAAUGAAACCAUAUUGGAAAUAUUAUGGAGAGCGAUGGAAGAAAUGGAUCUCUCUUAUCCAUUUGGAAUGCCAUCCUUCCAAAAAUAAGUUUGGCUAGAAGAAUCGUUUUUUCUGCUAUCGGUGAUCUUGUGGAAAGGCAAAAUUUCGAAGUGCACGAGGAAAAGAGGCAGAGUUUGAGAAGACUUCAAUGGAAAAAUACGGAGAAGUCUGUUUGGACAUUGAGCACAAUUGAAAGAAUUACAGAUUCGCCAAGCAACAUUUAUAUAAAUCCCUCAGUAUUGAAAGAAAUUUUGGCAUUGGAUAAAGAACUGUCAGCAGUAUUGAAUGACCUCAACUUAACGCACAAUGAGAGAAGCAGGCAACUUCUCCAACGACUUGCUUCUUGUUCUAACGGAAAAUUAGCUGUUGUUACAUCGAGAGAAGGAAAAGCUCUUUGUAUACGUUCUUCAAAGUCAAGUUCUCAAAGUGCCAACCUAGAGGAAACUACAGAAUCCUCGGGGGACGAUAACGAAUCAUCAUCAUCUUCUAUAAGCCUUUACAGCACUGACAGUAUUAUAUCUGAAAAAUCGGAAGACGAACCAGAAAACGACAGAAAAAAAAAUCUCGUUAUACGAUGCAACUACAACUCAGAUAGCGAAGGGAUCAGUAAAAAUGUACUUCAAGUCUUUCCUUCAUGCCAAACUCCUCCACCAUUAUGUGAUCCUUGUUGCGAAAAUACUUCUAUAUUCCCAAGCCCAUGUAAAAGCCCGUGCCCACCAAAGAAAAAAGUAUGUAAAUCCAGAGAAUCCUGUAAGACCGCCAGAUUGGAAGCCCUGAGAAGAGACAAACUGGAGAGGGAAUGCCGUAAGAAACAGGAGAAAGAAAGAGCAGAACAAAAGAAAGAGAGAGACAGACAGAGGAAAGCCCAAGAAAAAGAGAAGAAAGCAAAGGAUAAAGAAAGAAAAGAGAAAGAAAAACAACUAGCUAAAGAGAAGAAGAAGAGAGAAGCCAUGCAACAAAAAAUGGAAGCUAAGAGGAGUAAAUCCGAGGAGGCAGCUAGGAGGAGGGAAGAGAAAGAUAGGAUGAAAGCCUGUAAGUUAGCUCUUAAAAGACCGAUAUGUGCUGGAAAACCGGUGUGUGCUGGAAAACCGGUGUGUGGUGAAAAACCGGUAUGUGGUGAAAAACCUGUAUGUGGCGAAAAACCGAUAUGUGGUGUUAAACCAAUAUGUGCGGAAAAACCGGUAUGUGGUGAACCCCCAUGUAGUAGCAGAUCAGAUCCUCGGGGUGUUUGCAAACCGGAAUUACCAUGUGAUUUACCUCCUAAAUGCUGGUUCAGUUGCAAAGGUACCCAGGCGGCCAACGCCAGGAGAAGGGCACCUUCGGACUGUAAAACACCACCUUCCCCGUGUCCCGGUCGUUCUAGAUUCGCCAGAUUCCUGUCUAGCUUCGGCAACAGCGGCCUGCAGCUGCGUUUAAUACCACCAGGAGAUUCUUGCCGAAGUACAAGGAGUUGCAUAUUACCGAAAUUUUGUCUACCGCGUACGAUCACCUUGGACUCAUCUUGCGGUAUCCCGAAAAUAAAAAUCACACGUGGACCAUGCGCCGAUCCUUGCUCCCCUUCACCCUGUGGAUCGCCUCCGUGUGGACCGGCACCGUGUGGACCGCAACCCUGUAGACUUCCACGCUGUUCACGGUCUCCUAGUUUCCCGAGGUUGAAACCAUGCGUGAUACCGCCGUGCAGAAUGAAAGUGCCUUGUGCCUCAGUGCCUUGUGCCCCAGUGCCUUGUGGCCCAGUACCAUGUGAACCAAAACCCUGCCAAUCAAGACCCUGCACACCACCACCCCCGUGUAUACCUAGGUUUUCUGGACCCCGUGCGCAUACACCGCCACCUUGUGCGACCUCUCCGUGCGGUCCGUUGUUUCCACCUAAUCCUAGGCCCUGUAGUUCCAAGCCUUCUGUAUGUGCUCAGCCACCUCCUUGUAAUACUCCCCCCUGUCCGACACCUAAACCGUGUGACCCCUAUCCUUGCCAACCACAACCUUGCGCAUCUGCGCCUUGCACUCCCAGGCCUUGUGCUAGUAAAGUUCCUUGCACUCAACCUGUCUGCUCUUCUAGACCGUGCACACCAAUACGACGUAUAUCGAAGUGUCGGGUUUCUUUAGCUGCAUGCAACUCGAGGCCGUGUACUCCACCAACCUGCCCUCCGAUGCCUUGCAGCCCACAACCCUGCACGCCUCCUCCGUGCUCCAGUGCACCAUGUUCUCGUUGCGGUUCAAGACCGUGCACCCCAACGAUGCCUUGUCCUCCCCAACCUUGUGGCCCCACACCCUGCGCUUCUUCACCUUGUACUCAACCAUCGUGCGGUCAAAUGCCUUGUGGAUCAGGAAGCAACUGCGUUCCUUGUCCAAUGAGACCGUGUCUCUCGAAACCGCGAGUGUACGACCCUUGCCCAAGUUCUACUUGUUUCCGACCGCGUAAACAACCUUACAGUUGCGAUUCCAUGUGCAACGUAAGGAAGUGGGCGUGUUGUACGAAACGAAUGCGAAUCCCCAAGCCUUGUUUGCCCGGUAGCUGUACUAAAGAUCCCUGCCCCCCGGAACCUUGCAGGAAGGCGUUCCGACCUAGUAGAACUCCCGUGUGCGGUCCCGCUUUCUAUCCGGAACCUCCUUGCGGAAGUGGGAGGAUAUGCCCCUAUUCGCCUGUAUGUUCGGAUACGAAAAUUUGUCCACGUCAGAAACCCUGCUAUCCAAGAACCUGCCGUUGGAGCAGACCUUGCACGCCUAGUUGUUCGGAUUCGGACAUCUGUCCGAAGAGUUCUUGCAGACCUAGGAAAUGUACGCCAUCUCCGGUAUGUUCUUUGGCAGAUGCAUGUUACAAGGGGCGGAAAUGCAGUCCGCCUUGGUGGACUUCAAGGUGUCCAUACGAUCCGUGCCCACCGAGACCAUGUUCGAGGUCUCCAAGUUGUUAUUCUUUAGAUGGAUGUUCGGAUGACAGUCGCUGUCCCAGACGUAGAUGUUCCUCGAGGAGGUACUGGAGUCCUUAUUGUUCAGACGACGAGUUCUGGUACAUGAAGAGAUACCCUUACCCGCCAUGGUGGCGUUAUUAUCCCUUAGAUGGGCCGCCGAGGUGUUCAAUGGAAAAUCUCUGCUACCGACCGAGUUGCCUCUACCCAUGUCUACCAAGGGAAUGUGCAUCCAUUCCUUGUGCUUCCACACCGUGUAGAGCAAGCUCGUGUUCGCCACCUCGCAAAUCGCUCUCGUGUACUCCUCCUUCAUGCCGCACACCUUGUGGAACGCCACGCCCCUCUCGAUGUGCCUCACCUUGUUACCCACGACCUUGCUCUCCACCCCCUUGUCCUCCUCCUCCUCCUUCCUGUCCACCUUAUCCGCCACCAUGUCCACCUCAAUAUCCCCCACCUUGCCCAUCACCUUAUCCUCCUUGCCUUCCACCCCCAUACCCUCCACCUCCUUGCCCCCCUCCUUGUUUUCCCCCACCAUGUCCUCAGUAUCCUCCUUGUCCGCCUACCCCUUGCUCAUCGGGAGCUUCCGUUCCACCCUGUGGACCAACGCCUUGUUGGCCUCCUCCUCCUCCUCCUUCAUGUGGUCAACCAGAUCCAUGUGGUCCCCCGUGCCCGCGACCAAGGUGCAUACGAAGUCCGCCAUGUUUGAAGAAAUUGCCUAAAUCAUGUAAAUUGAAGCAGAAACCUUGUUUCGCCAAAGCUUGCAACCCUGCUCCAUGUCCUCUAAAACCUUGCAGUCCCCCUCCUUCUUGUCCGACCAGCCCAUGUGUAACGCCAGCACCUAGUUGUGGUCAAGUUGAAUCACCUCCUUGUUAUCCGGCUCAAAGCUCUACAAGUUUCUGCUCGAAUUAUUGGCCGUAUCCUUACCCGCCUUAUUAUUGGCCUUAUUACCAAGGUUAUCCAUCCUGCUAUCCGAGUCAAACAUACAGUGGACCAGGUUGUCGCCCCCCUCUUCCUAAGAUAUGUUUGUCUAAGUUGAAAUGCAGCAAGUUAUACCACAUGUCCUGUGGCUCUGGUUUGCCGAAGUAUAACUCAAGAAGCUCAAGUGCCAGUUCAGUUUCAUCUUGUUCUUCAUCGAACAGUAGCUCUUCUUCAUCAGGCAGUACGUCAUCAUCCAGAAGCACUAGUUCCUGCAGUUCUACCAGCAAUGCAUCUCCCCGAUACUGUGUUGCGAGCUGUAGGAAUUCUUCGAGCAACCUCUUCAAGUGUAAAAGAAGAAUAUCUCGUUCUUCCGUAUGUUCAUCUUGCGACAGUUCUCCAAGACAUACCAUAUGCAACACUAAUGACAGAUGUCAUCCAAGUAGACAGCCAUGUGGAUCGCCCCUUCCUUGCAACUUUUUCCCACCCUGUCAGCCAGGACCGGUUUGUAUACCACCGGUACCUUGUAGAUUUCCCGUAAGUUGUGCAAGGUCUCAAGUGUGCUCAUCAGCAACUGACCUCCAUUGCGAAUCAAGGCUAAGAUGCAGAGGUAUAGAACACUACGACGAUAGGAUUAAAUUUGAACUACAGAAAAUUGGUAUAAAUCAGUUGAUCCAAGCCAGUAAACCUGCAAAAUGCUGUAAGCAGACAGUCUUGAAUCAACCAUCGAAAGAGGAAUUGCCAUAUGCAGCAAGUCUGGCUUCUUUGCCACUAGAUAGAGCCGAUAUAAGGGUGAUAAGACAGUCUGUGAGGAUGGCCACCCAGAAAACUGAAUGUAACUAUACAUCUAUGGAGAAUCGCACUAAAUUGGUCUAUUAUGCUAAUUUAGUUAAAGACAAUUUCGAUGACAAAAAGCCCAAAGAUCCCCAGGUAUACAAGGUGUGUUAUUUUUAUUUAACCUUAGACGAUACGGAUACUGUGCGAAAUGCCUUGAAGAAGAGCCACAGUAAGGGAAGUUCGUUCAAAUUCUUCCAGAUAUUCAAUUGGUCUGAGAAAAUUAGUAAAGGGUCAGCCAAAGGUCCCACUCAAGCAGUGGAUCUUGCGACCAGUCUUGAUUUCAAACAACUCAUUAGUUCGAAAAGAACUGAUGAGAAUCUUCGUGUUAUAUCACAGGAAAAUAGUACUGAUGCUUUGGAGGACAUGGUCUUCUCUGAUCUCUUCCAUGUGAAACAAUCAGGAGUAGGCGAUUCAAAACCAGGAAAUUCUUUGGACGACAAUUGUAUCCACGAUUUGAGUUUGAAGAAGACAAGGAAGAAGAAUCAGAAACUCAAUAUAAAUUUCACAAUGACAGAGUCUUCUUUUGAGAAUGAUUCAUUAUUAUUCGAAAAUAAACGUAAUUGCAACAGUUUAGCUAUUGAUUCUGUAGAGAAUUUUAGAAACUUCCAAAAGACCUACAACUCAUUUUCUCAAACUGAUAUGACACAUUUAUCACCUGAACUUUCUAGGCAUAGUAUUUUAGUAGAUGUUGGUUCACAAACAAUAAACAGAAACCGAAAGGUGGUUAUCGAUAACCGAAAAUUUUCUGAGGAGAUCAUGAGGUUACUCUCGAGUUCGGAAAGCGAUGGCCUGCAAUAUCUCAAGCAGAAUACUAAUUGCCUUGUAUAUACAAGCGAUGCAACUCUUGAAACCGAUAGUUUGGAAGUUCAUAUGAAAUCAGGGAACUUCAAAGCAAACUUGGAUAACGACGAAGAUUUUGAACAUGCUACUCAGGACUUUGAAGAUGCUAUUAAAGAUGUUUUAGGGGAGAUAAGGCAAUUGGCUUCGAUGGCUGAGUCACUUAAAAGUAAAGAAUUUUUAUUCAUUAAGGAGUCAGUACCCAAAUCUAGAGAUUACAUGACGCAAAAUACCAUAUGCAGUACAUUGGAAGAGUUCACGUCCCCUCUAACGGAAGAUGGUUCACCAAAAGGCAAUGAAAUUGUACUAACGAAGACUCUCAGUGCUAGUGCAGAAUUAUUUAGGAAACAAAUUUCCAAAGGACAAUUUAUAGUCAGAAUGUACAAUUCUGUCAAUGAGAUUAUAGGAGAAAUAUACGGGGAAGCUGAAAAACUUGCUAAACUAAGGAGAAAUAGAAUAGCAAUAUCUGGAAAAAAGGAAAAUGUAGAGGAAACUCGUUGCAAAAAAAGUGUGAGGCAUUUUGAUGCUGAAAAGAAGAUCUCACCUGCAAAAGAAAAAAAAGGUCCUAAAAACACGCCUGAAAGUCUGAGAACGGUGUAUACUUCGACCGGAAAAAUUAUCACAAAAUUUUAUGAUUCGAACGGGAAGGCAUUAACGUCAAUCUAUAAUCCUGACGGAGAAAGAAUCGCAGGUACAUCUUCCCCUAAAAAACUGGCAAAAGUGCUCUUCGACAAUAAGGGCAACUUUGUUAGCGGAUACUAUGAUUCACAAGGAAACAUCCUCAAAGCUGUGUACGAUUCGCAAAAGAAGCUCCUAAAAAAAACUUUCAAUUCCGAGAUGUUACUGAUAAAGUUUCCUUCUGACGAUAACAAAAAAAAUAAUAAACGUAUAUUCAACGCACAAGGAUUUCCUGUAUAUCAAUUUCAUUCGGACCAAGGGAAAUUACUGACCAGCAUAUACGAUUUUGAGGGUCACCUGAUACGCGGCACAUUCUUGGGAAAUAUAUCCCAAUUAUUCCCCAGACUAUUCGACCGACAUGGCAAAUUCAUCUUAGGGAGAUACAACAGAAGCGGUAAGAUAAUUAAACGGAUAUUCGACUCAAACGGCCACAAUUUGCAACAGCUGUAUAAAUCUGAUAGGACAACACUGCAGAAGGUUCCAGUCAAGCUGAAGCUCUUGAACCACAAGGGAGAAACAGUGAAGAAAUUCUUCAAAAAGAACAAGAUCCCCAUGACCCACGUGUAUGACGCCUUGGGAAACCUUCUAUGUCAAGCUAGUGAUGGUAACCCGAAGGACCUCUUCAGUCGUCUCUUCGAUCUUGAUGGUUUUUUCAUCUUGGGCAGGCUGGACGAACAUAGACACCUCAUAGAUGCCGUUUAUGACGAAAGGGGUAAAAAGAUAUUGCAGGUGCAAGUUUUAGACAGCGAGACUGGCGAAAUGGCCAAGGCGCUCAAAUUGUACAACUUUCAAGGAAAACCCUUGGUGAACUUCUUCGAUGAAAGCGGGGAAUGUCUGAGGAAUAUCCACGAUGUGAAAGGCGGUGUAGUCGAGACAUCUCCAACUGGUAGAGCCAUCAAAUUGGCGGGUAGAUUGUUCGAUAUGGCUGGGUAUUUCAUACAAGGAAGAUACGACGCCCAGAAGAACCAAAUCAGAGAAAUUUACGACCACGAUGGGUACAAAAUCUUGCAGGUGUAUGAUGUCCAUGGUAAGCCGGUGAGGAGAAUUCCCCAAGCCAACACGAUCUUCGAUUCUGUUGGAAAAGAGAUUAAACAUCUCUACAACUCGGAACAUAAGAUCCUGUCAAGCAUUUACGACACCAAUGGUGACAUGAUUGGUGGCGUGCUUUCCCUUGACGCUGAAGAACUUGCUCCGUUUUUGUUCGACCUCGAGGGCAAGUUCAUAAACAGCCGAUUAGAUUCUAGAAUGAGUCUGAUCAAGCACGUCUACGAUUCGAAGGAAAAUGUCCUGAGCAGGGUCUACACGCAAGGCAGUUUGUGUUUGAAUGGUUCGAGAAUUUUCAAGGAGAAAUCCAAACCUGUAAAAACGGUUUACGUCAAACUGGAAUGUAAGGAGAAAUCCCAUUCGAAUUUGAAAGAAGCCGAAACCUUAUUCGAUAACCGUUGUCAGGCCUUUUCCAAAGCUUUAUCUUCACCUCUGACGAUGGCAAAGUUGCCUACGAAAUUAUCGAAGAUGGAUGAGUUGCCUUCAAGGAAAAGGAAAAGGGGAGAAGAGUGUUUCGAAGAAGGCAAGUCUGUUUCGGUCAAAUGCCAAUGUAAAAUUAAUGAUAAGAAAGAUAAUGGGAGACCAGGUACUAGUGUUUCUAUUGGAAAGCGUAGUACUGUUCAAAAGCUGAGUGAAUUGAUUACCAGAAGUCAAUCGUGCCAUCAUCAGUCUAAGAAAAAGAAGAUAGAGAAGAAGUGUACGAAGAAAAGUUCGAAAAAAUCAGAAAACUCGAGCAAAAACAAAACUGAGGGGAACCACCACAAUGACCACCAUAAAACCUCAUCAAGCCCUCAAAAGCAACAUUUUAGAGACACCAAAGUACUUACAACUGUUAUGCCUUGCUAUGAGACUACUAGAGCUUCUGUUCAAAGGAACGGUGACAGCUUAGAGAGCCUGCUGGAUGACUACUUGCGACACGGGCAAGUAACCCGUAGAACAAAAGAUAAAAAUCAUCAUUAUAAAAAGAAACCUAUCAACUAUGAGAUGAUAGAGGACACAUUGUUGGAAUGCCUGAAUCUAACCAGAGACCCGAAUUCCCUGAAACGAAUGUCCCAUACAAUCUUACAAUAUUUCACCCAAGUUGUAUUUAAUCAGAUAAAGAACAACUAUUAUAAGCAAUUGUCGAAAAAGCGAAAAUGCAGCUGGGCUAAACGACCGGAAUCGACUGUCCUAUUUUUCAACAGAAAAUACGCAUGUGGCUAUGCGGUCUGUAACGAUUCCAAAAAAAAUAUCAAAGAAACGAUAUCUUCAUUUGUUUCUUGGGAAACAUGUGACGAAUUACUUCCAGAAGGAGAAGCAAGCAAUGAAACGAUCGAUCACCCAAAGCCAGAAGAAGAAACACCACCCAUCUCACCAUCUAAAGAACCUCAACUCGAUUCCGACAGUUUCACUCAUGAAAUGGAAGAAAACAGCGAUUCAGUGAUAUUCUCAGAUCAAUCUCAAGAAUCUGAAGUGGCAAUUACCCUAGAGGACAUCGCCAAAGAGGCCUUCUUGUGCAAUUUACCGAACGCGCCUCCUUUCAUCCUGAAGAUGAGCAAGGUGACCGCGUCGAACACCCUUCCCGAAGACAAGGACAAGUCUGAGAUCUGUUGCUCCUCGCUGAGCGUAACUUCCACAGACGUAUCUUUUGAUACUGAUGACUACACCAAUUCCGUAUCAUCGAUGUUGGAAAAGAAACGCUCCACCUAUACAAAAGUUCCGGAUCUGAACAUGUACAUAGAUGGAAACUGUCCAGGGUUUGAGGUGAAGGAAUUCAAGGAUUUCGUCACGAAAUCUAUCACUUGGAUCAAGGCAGAUGGUCAGAAGAAGCUGAGGGAAGACGGGAUCUAUAUGAGCACUCCGACGAUUUGCCUAACUGGUUUGACCAGCAUGUCCAACAAUCCUUUUAGUGCAGACGAAAUCGAUUCCAGAAGACCGGGGAAGAACAGUGGAUCUUCUCCGAAUUCAGAUAUGUUGUCCAACCAGAACAGCUACCACCUCCACUCGAAAAUACCUAGGAUGCUGCAUCCCGGCAAGUGCAAAGUGCAUGCUAUGAUGAAGAACGUGCAACUAUCUCCUGGAUCUAAAGGUUGUGCAGCUAACAAGGCCAGCACUUGCGGUGGAUGCCCAGCAGACAAAACCGAUAUUCAGAUCAACCCUUACGUGAAAGUCAGUGUGAGCACCACAUGUCCAAGCUUGACUAACGCUAGUUCCUCCUCAAAGCAAGGAAGCAAGAGUAAAAACGCCAACAUACAGGCAUCACAGUCUUCUAUGGGGGAUUGUAUGAAGGGUAUCAAGUCCGACCCUGGUUGCUACUGUGGAAAUGAGCCUGUGGAACCAACACCAUGUCCGAUUCGUUUGAGAGAAGACUGCGAGUGUGUGGAUGAAGAGGAACCAGCUGGAGAACAGGAAGAAGAAGAAGCACUGUGUUACUGUCCACCUGGGGAACAACCACUCCUGUUGAAGAAAUCUAACGUAGAGUGCGACUGCGCUAAUAGAAGGAGGUGCGAAGAUGAGACCCUUGUGGAACCCCCCAAAGAGAAACCAGACGUGUUUUGGGCUCUGACGAAGGUCAGUUUAUUGAAAGACGGCACUAAGAACUUCGAAAUUAUAGAUGUUUCGCCUGUCCCACCGGGUUAUUACCUAAUGCCUGAUGUUAACAAUCUUGUUUUGGUAGGACCUCAACCUAAACCUGCGAAGGCUGCUCCAAGUAAAAAUUGUUGUUGUAAAUAGAAGACUCCGUGUAAAAUUAUAAUUAUAAAUAAUUAAAACAAUAUCAUCUAUA